AUGUCUCCUCAGUAUAAACUCAUUUAUUUCGACGUUGCUGGUCGCGGAGAAAUCAUCCGAUUGAUUCUCCAUCAAGCUGGGGUCCAUUUCGAAGACCAGAGGAUAAAUAAGGAGAAAUGGGCUGAGUUGAAGCCAACUGUGCCCUUUGGUCAGCUUCCAGUUUUGGAAGUAGAUGGGAAACUCCUCGCGCAGUCUCAUACCAUCGCGAGGUACCUCGCUAACGCGCACGGACUUGCUGGCAAAAACUCUUGGGAAUCUGCUCUUUGCGAUCAAUAUGUUGACGCCAUCAUCGACUUGACUAUGCAUUACAGGACCAUGCGAUAUGGCAAGAGUGACGCGGAGAAGGAAGAAGCCAAGAAGACUUUGCUGGAAAGUGCGCUCCCAGUUUUCUGCCAGCGAAUGACGACGAAAAUUGACGCGAAUCCAUCCGGUCUGCUCGUGUCCGACGAAGUUACCUGGGCAGAUAUUUACCUUGCUCACGGAAUGGACGUGCUUGAGGCUGCUGUUCCAGACUGUCUUGAACCGUAUCCGCGGAUUAAAAAAAUUCAGGAACACGUUUUCGGGCUGCCGAAUUUGAAAGCAUACUUGGAUAAACGUGAUUUACUGAGUUUUGAGACUGCUGAAACCAUGGUGCCUAAGUACAAGUUGUUAUACUUUGACGUACCCGGUCGUGGUGAAGUCAUAAGGAUGCUGUUUCAUUAUGCUGGGGAACCUUUUGUGGAUGAACGUAUUCCGCGAGAGGAAUGGCCGACUAUCAAGUCAACAACGCCAUUUGGUCAAGUUCCUGUCUUGGAAGUGAACGGACAGCGUUUGGGGCAAAGUCACGCGAUUGCCCGCUAUGUAGCUCGGGAGCUUCAUCUUACUGGGAACACGGCGUGGGAUUCGGCGCAAUGCGAUCAAUACGUUGAUGCCAUGAUCGACUUACUAUCUUAUUUCGUCGUAUGGAAGUAUUCAGGUCGGACGGAUGCGGAGAAAGAAGCCGCAGAGAAAACGCUGUUCAGUGAAGCGCUUCCGCAGUUUUGCCAGCGGAUAUCGUCAGCAAUUUCCAAUAAUUCCAGUGGACUUCUGGUUUGUGACAAGGUUACCUGGGCUGACAUUUACUUGACUUUCGUGGUGCAAAUUUUGGACGGUGAUGAGAAGAGAUUCGACACGUUCCCAGCUAUCAAGGAACUAGCUAACAAGGUUUUGUCGAAGCCGACUCAUUCAGAAAAUAUUAAAGAAAUGGCGCCUACGUAUAAAUUGAUUUAUUUUGAUAUGCCCGGCCGUGCGGAAUUCAUUAGAAUGUUGCUGCACCAAGCUGGGGUCGAAUUCGAAGAUUUCCGGUUCCCAAGAGAAGCUUGGCCAUCGCUAAAGCCAGAAAUGCCCUUUGGUCAAGUACCCGUAUUGGAAGUGAACGGGAAGAAGUUGAGCCAAAGUCAUGCGAUUGCCCGUUACAUCGCACGUGAACAUGGUUUGGCUGGCAGCACUGCGUGGGAAUCCGCUAUUUGCGAUCAAAUGGUCGAUGCCAUCGUCGAUUUGCUGCAACCGUAUGCCGUGUGGCAAUAUCACGGAAAGACAGACGCCGAAAAAGAAGAUGCGAGAAGCAAGCUACUGAAUGUCAUGUUCCCGUCGUUUUGUGAUCGGAUGGUUAAAUCUAUCAAAAAGAACAACGCUGGCUGGCUCGUGUGCGAUCAGGUGACCUGGGCCGACGUCUAUCUGGCAUUCAUUGCGGAAACCCUGGAGAAAGCCGAACCAGGAACUCUGGAAAAAUACCCUGAAAUUGCGGAGUUUCAAAAGAAGGUCUACGAUUUGCCGAACAUGAAAGCCUACCUGGAGAAGCCACCUGCUGGCAACAAGUCUGCCAAAAAUGGAACGAAGGUCUCGAUAAGCAAGGACUCGAAUGUGGCAGAAAUGCAGAAAACGACAAUCGAAUCCAAUGACUGGGUUUGGAAGGUGUUCUUCUGGUCAUUCCUGGUCAUUUUGCUCGCUUUCGGGCUCUGUGUUUUGGCAUACGACUGGCAUAGUGACUGGAGAAUCCACAAACAAUCGAUGAGAGAGGAUAUGGGAUCAUACAGAUAUUCGACCUUGCAAAGAAAAGACCUCGAUGACGUCAUUGACACCUGUGAAGAAGAUGACAUCGAUACUUCGGAGACUCCAGUUGACCACGGGAAUCCACCGAUAUUGGAAGUGAACACCAGCAUUGUCACCCCGGCCCAAUUACAAAAUGGCAACUCUUGGUGCGGGAAUGCGAACAGAACAUCUGCAACUGAUUUGAAGCAGUUACUGGAGUUGGACUCUGACGAGGAGCUGAUUCAUUGAAGCCGCAAAAUAUUCUUCGAAGGGACGGAAAACGUCGACUUUUCACAAUCAUUUAAAUGUUUUCUUCGAGAUGUUUAUUCUUUCGAAAACAACGAAAGGAUCCUAAUAAACAUGUUGUUUAUAUUUAUUGAUGCGUGAAUGUGGGAUAUUUAGAUUUUAAAUUGUUAGGAUGCCUUGUACAGUAUAAGGAUGCUUUAUGGCUGUUUUUAUUUUCAUCAGAAUUAAGUGCAGUACCGUAUAUUAAAGGGUUGUUAAAACUGAUCUCCAUUCAACUUCGGUGUUUUUCGAUUGUAUUCGUUUUGCGUGAUUCAAAUUGGAUUCUACAUGAUUCCAGCUGCGUGAUUUGAAAAGGAAAUGAUGCAUUUAUUUUCUGCAUCUAUUUAUCAGUUUUAAUCGAUGGGGUAUACUUCAAAUUGAUGUGACAAUACCUGUAUAUAUUUGUUCGUGCAUUUUGAAGAAGUGAAUCGGGAUUAUAUUCACAUUUUGUUUAUGAUUCGCGACUAAGGCUGGAUCUCAGAUAGUUUUGUUGGACGAGGUUCAAUUUUUCCCCCGAAAUUUUCAAUAUUUGUCCCGGUCGGUUUUCGAGGCAUUUCCUUGAAUUAUUAUUUUUCUGAUUGUUCAGUAUGGG